AGUAGGUCUAGCGUUCUAUGCCGGCACCGUCUCAAUUUAUAUUAUCAGUUGUCCGGAUAUAAACCCGUCGAGCGGAUCACUUGUGUUGUACUUAGAGACGUGAAUAUAUAUAUAUAUUUUUUUUGUAAGAAAUGGAUAAAAUGCCCGAGGAGGACGAGGUAUCCCCAGUAUCGACGGCUCCUGCCACGCCCACAACUCCGCUCGAGUUUAAGAUGCUGCCACUGUUUAUGGAUUUUGAGGAUUUCAAUAUUUGCCAGCCAGCUCCUUUUUCAUACGAUGACAAGGCCAUGUUGGAGCUGGAGAGGAUUGACUACACGCAGAGGAUCACCUAUCAGAUGGCCAGGGCUGGGAAAACGACUCGUAGGGUGCGGGUUUAUGCCGAUGGCAUCUACGAUCUGUUCCACCAGGGCCAUGCCCGUCAAUUAAUGCAGGCCAAGAACAUAUUUCCCAACGUAUACCUCAUCGUUGGCGUGUGCAAUGAUGAACUGACCCUCCGGAUGAAGGGACGCACCGUGAUGAACGGAUUCGAGCGGUACGAGGCGGUGCGCCACUGUCGUUAUGUGGAUGAGAUCGUACCGAAUGCUCCUUGGACGCUGAAUGAUGAAUUCCUUAAUGAGCACAAGAUAGAUUUUGUGGCCCACGACGACAUACCCUAUGGAGCUGGCGGAGUCGACGACAUAUAUGCUCCUCUCAAGGCGCGCGGCAUGUUCGUGGCCACGGAGCGCACAGAGGGUGUGUCCACCUCGGACAUUGUGGCCAGGAUCGUGAAGGAUUACGAUGUGUAUGUGCGCAGGAACUUGGCCAGAGGUUACUCCGCCAAGGAACUCAACGUCUCGUUUCUCUCCGAGAAGAAAUUCCGUCUGCAAAACAAGAUGGAUGAGUUGAAAACUCGGGGAAAGCGAGAGUUGACUAAAGUCAAGGUGGACAUCAUUACCAAGUGGGAGGAGAAGUCGCGCGAGUUUAUCGAUGCUUUCCUGCUGCUUUUCGGCAGGGAGCGGCUCAACAGCUUGUGGAACGAGUCCAAGGGAAGGAUCAUCCAGGCCCUCAGUCCGCCGGGCAGUCCGAAUGGCUCCAUCAACGGUGACGAUCCAGAUACAACAGAAGGCGGCGAGUCCGAGGAUGAGUACAUGGAGCUGCCGCCAGAAUAUGGAGCUGGAAAUGCGGGCUCCCGUAGCGAAAAACCGAGGAACUCUCAGAAACACCGCCGUGGCCAGAUAAAUUCUUCUUCAAACGCCUACGACGAUGAGGAUGAGGAUCCGCAGUAAAUGCAACGCAGUGAUUGACGGCGGAUUUGGCUAGCCUAUAAAUUUUCCUCUUUUUAUACCCUCUAAUAUAAAUUAAUUUGUUUUUAAUUCGUUGAAACAACGCAA